AUGAAAUAUACCGUCUUAUACAUUUUUCUCUUCCCUUUCGAUGACGAAGAUGCUACGACUGAUGCUAUUACAACGGAUGACAUUAUAACAACAGAUGUUAUUACAACUGAUGACAUUACAACCGCUGUGACGACAGAUGGACCCACGGAUGCAGAUGUAAUUACCACUACUGAUUCAAUAACCACUGAUGACCUAACAACUGCUCCAACAACUGAUACAACUACAUAUCAAACUCAGACUGUCAUUGUCACAAUUACUGAUGCAAGUACCACUACGACUGCUUCUACAUUGGCUGUGACAACAGAUACAACUACGGAUGCAGCCUUGACUACGGAUGCUACGACUGAUGCUAUUACAACGGAUGACAUUAUAACAACAGAUGUUAUUACAACUGAUGACAUUACAACCGCUGUGACGACAGAUGGACCCACGGAUGCAGAUGUAAUUACCACUACUGAUUCAAUAACCACUGAUGACCUAACAACUGCUCCAACAACUGAUACAACUACAUAUCAAACUCAGACUGUCAUUGUCACAAUUACUGAUGCAAGUACCACUACGGCUGCUUCUACAUUGGCUGUGACAACAGAUACAACUACGGAUGCAGCCUUGACUACGGAUGCUACGACUGAUGCUAUUACAACGGAUGACAUUAUAACAACAGAUGUUAUUACAACUGAUGACAUUACAACCGCUGUGACGACAGAUGGACCCACGGAUGCAGAUGUAAUUACCACUACUGAUUCAAUAACCACCGAUGACCUAACAACUGCUCCAACAACUGAUACAACUACAUAUCAAACUCAGACUGUCAUUGUCACAAUUACUGAUGCAAGUACCACUACGACUGCUUCUACAUUGGCUGUGACAACAGAUACAACUACGGAUGCAGCCUUGACUACGGAUGCUACGACUGAUGCUAUUACAACGGAUGACAUUAUAACAACAGAUGUUAUUACAACUGAUGACAUUACAACCGCUGCUACAACGGAUACAACGACGGAUCUUGCUCAGACUAGCAUUGCCGGCACAACAACUGAAGAUGCAACUACAUCAAAUAUCGUAACAACAGAUGCAGAUGCAACUGAUAUCAUUACCGUAAUCGUCACCAGUGCGAUUACCAUGGGUGCUUCUACACUGGCUGCAACAACCACGAGUGCCUCUACCACAGCUGAUCCCGAUGUAGUUGAAAGUUCGAGUGGCACAGACUUUUCAUUCGCUUUCCCGGCAAACGCUAUGCAAUCUUGUAACACAAACAACUCCCUCAUUUUUACGACGACAUCAUCAUCAACGGUGUCAGUGGAAGUGACUGGUUACAUGUUCCAUUCUACAUUUACGAUGGACGCUUCUGAAGAACAUGUUCUCAGUAUCGAAGAGAUACCACUCUCGCGCGGCCAAGGGGUUCAAGAUAGUACGGUGACUAUUGUAGCAAGUGAUAAAAUAGCUGUGCAUGGUAGGUCUGUGGAUGGGAUAAGUAUUGAGGAGUUUACAGCAAUUUCAAACACCGGUCUGGGCACUGAAUAUGUUAUAGCUAGUUACCCUCCUCUGGCAACAUGCGACUAUCACUCUGAAUUCACACUGACCACCGGUGAUGCUGGUACAACCCACGCUACUAUCCACUUCUCUCAGGAUGUGGAGUACGAAGAAGAUGUGUACAACAGCAACAAUCCACUAGAGCUAGAUUUGACAAGCCAUCAAACCGUCCAGUUCCAGAGUUUGGCGGAUUUGACGGGAUCCUUCGUAUCCACUACUCAACCUGUGUCAGUCGUGUCUGGUGAUAGCUGCGCAAGGAUUCCGGUAGAUGUAGAAUUCUGCAAUUACCUUGUGGAACAACUGCCACCCGUUGAGCGGUGGGGAAAGACUGUGGUUUUCUCGAGCUUUAGAGGUCGAACAAGUGGAACUAUUAUCCGCAUCAUUGUUACUCGCAGUGGUGCCAACGUGCAGGUCCGAUCUGGAUUCCUUUCCACACGAUCCUUUUCUCCACCCAGCUCUGGCUUCUUGGACUUGGACAUCGGUUUAAACACUGACCCAAUCGCUAUUCAUGCCGACAAUCCGAUACUGGUCUUGAUGUAUCAGAAAAGCGUUUACACAGACGAUGCCGGCGAUUCAUCCAUGACAAUCGUGCCAGCUGUAGAACAGUGGACAUCCGGAGAAGUCUCCUUCUUUGUGGUUGAUCAGCAUAGUGACGAGGCUCAUGAUUACAUCAGUGUAACCAUUGAAACCGACAAUGAUCAAGGUCUCAAGAUUGACAGCAUCAGCUUGGGAGCUGUCCCUUCAAGUAGUGUUGAAGUCCUAAAACAUGCCGGCUACACAAUCUUCAGGGUGGAAAUCGAUCCUGGUUAUCAUACACUCCGCCACGAAAACGAGGAUGUCAAGUUCAGCGUGAUCGUUUACGGGGAUAAAGUGUACAACAGUUAUGCCUACCCCGCCCGAUUCGACCUUCCUGUGACUUCUUAAUUUGUUGCUCCAACAACCUCAAACAAAAUUACGAUACGAAAAUUAUUUUCGUAUUGGUAAAAAUAUAAUUAUGCUUAUUAUCAAGAUCAUUUCUCACUUUUGUAUCAAUUAUCUAACCAAUCAAAAUAAUAUUUUGUUGAACUUGCUUGGGAUAUCCCAUAAUUAUAUUGAACAUACACAAAUAUAUAUCACAAAAUGAAAUAACAGACUAGUUUGAUUUCGCCUUUUAUCAUGUUUAUAAGUAAUGGGUUUCGUCUGUGACCAGAGAAUGCCGAGAUGUCGGGGAAUGGCCCACCUAAAUUUUUUUUUUUUACCCAUUCCAGUAUAGCUUGAGCGCGGAAGAUAUUGAUAUUUGAAACUUGAUUUUCAGUGUCAUAUCGAAAAUUUCAUUAAUUCUUUAUCACUGUAUAGGAGCAACAUGCAGAUAAAACCUACAGAUAAUAAAUGAUUACAUAGAAAACAACAAAGCUGCAAAAAUCCUGGGGCGAUCGAUACUUUGCACAGGCCGGACCAGGCCUGUUGAAUCCACUACCAUAGGGACUGAAAGACUAAAAUUCUGCAACAUCCUUUAAAGGCAACUUAAAAUUGCAUUUUUACACCAGCAGGUAUCAGGUUAGAAGAAAUACAUUUUUGUCUCGCCUGCGUAGCAGAGCGAGACUAUAGGCGCCGCUUUUCCGCGGCGUCGUCAACAUUUAAAUCUUAAAUGUGAUUAUUCUUGAGUCAUUUGAACGAUUUAUUAGAUGAUCAUGGACAUAUUUUGAGAAGAGAAAAACAGAAAAAGAUAUUCAUUGUAUCCAUUAAUAUGCACUUUGUCAAAUUAUCAAAUGCAAAUAUAAUGUGCCCUGCAUAUGCUUUAACCAAAAAAAAAGGUUAUCAACAACAAAAAUGAGGGGAAUCGUCCCCAACCUUAAAUUUAGGGGUUGGGACACGUCCCCCGCUUCCGCCGCCUAUGUUGCAGACAUAAUACAUCGAGUCAUGUUAAAAGAAAAGAAUGAUCAUUUAAUUAUUCUUUCUCGUAUGUUGCAUGCUAAUGGUGUAUCAUUAGAUGAUUAUGCAGUAUAUGUUCCGGUGUAUACAACGAAUACAACAGUUCGUUAUUUUCAGUACAUGCUUCUCAAUGUGAUACUUUAUAAUCAUGAAUCUGGUUAAAAAAAUUAAAAUAAUUCUAGUUGCUCAUUUUGUGGAAAAGAAGUUGAGGAUAUCGUGUAUUUCUUUUAAAAAUGUAACGUGACCAGAUUGUUUUGGAAUCGUCUACUGGCAUAAUAUAGUGAAUAGCUGUAGAAUUAAGGUCUCCUUAGUUCAUGUUUUGU